ACUCGCGGGUGCCAAGAAUGGCAGCAACACCUUAAAACCGGCGUACCAGCCAGUCGGCUACGAAGUUAUUAGUAAAUAUUUAAAUAAGUUUCUUUGAUUUCAGAUAUGUUCGGGGGUCGGUGCUCGCGCCGGGAUCCCAACGUGGACGCCUGCUUGCUGCGCAGUUUUAACUCCCUACUAGAAUACCUCAAAGGAGGAGCGCCAGAGUUCGAUAUAGAAGAGGCUGAACCAAUAGUAAUAGACGAGCUAUCUAUUGCCCUGGGCAAUGGCCCAGAUGGUUACAGGGCUACCUUCAAGGACAUUCACACUACAGGUGCUUCGAACAUGACAAUAACCAACGUAAGGUCUGACCUGGAAACGCACCAGUUCCAGCUGACGAUGUUCGGACCGCACAUAAGUGCUCGCGCGCGGUACCGCUCCUCCGGUGUGCUGCUGCUCGUACGAGCCUCAGGCGGGGGCGACUACUGGGGUGAAUAUGAUGGAGUUAAGGCGAAGGUGUACUUCCGUGGAGUUCCAUACGAGAGAGACGGACGGACUUACUUGAAACUUCAACAACUGAAGCUAGACUUCUCCGUGAGAGACAUUCAGAUGGGUGUCGAGAAUCUUCACAACAGCAACGCAGUCUUACAGGCGGCAUUGAAUCUGUUCAUCAACAGCAACGCGCAAGAGCUCUUGAAGGAGAUGAAGCCGGAGUUGAAGCGAGACCUCGCGGACAAGAUGUCGCGCUUCCUCGAGAGGAUCCUGCAGCACAUUCCGUACGAUGAGUGGAUCGUAGAUUAAAUUCACUAGUAUCUAAGAAAAAUUCUAGAAUUACGGAGGUUUGAAGACGUCUUACCCGAAACAAAUCUCAAACGCAGUAAACAUAAAUAAAUAAAAUGUGUGACCAAUGCCUAGAAAAUUAUGAUUUUCUUAAUUUUUUCUUAAUAUACCAAUUCAAUUUAAGUCUUGUUCCGCACUAAGUAGAGCAUUACCAUAUUAGUCGGUAAUUCCGAAUAGUCCGCGUCCGCGUUCUAAACUUAACAGCCUAUUUUAAAAUACUUAAGUAGCACGAACCCAAGGCGAUCAAACUCUAAAUAGACAUUUCUCCAAAAAGGUGAUAUACCUACUAAAUUAUUGCGACUAAUCAUAGUUAGUGGUGCGUAUACUGCUAUAAGUAACCACUCUCUUACAAAUUUUUAUUAUUUAAUUAUAAGAAAUAUACUCGUAUACACUAUAAAUAACUUUCUUUGAAUAAAACUAUUUUCAACGUGUAUAUCGCGUUUAUGUUUGAUUUCAUAACGUUUCGGACCCUUUACAUGUUCUGUGCUACUUUAAAAAGGCAGUAUAUUUAGUCUUAAGGGUUGUGCAACAGAAUCGCUACCAAUGCGUGUUGUUGAACACCAAUAUCUCUUACAGUCAUAAUCAGUAAUAUUAAUCAAUGCACAAAUUUGACAAAGAUAUUAUAAAUAACUUUAUGUAAUACACGAGUUUUGACAAGAAAUAUAGCAAUGUAUUCUAAAUUUCAACGUAAUAGAAGUUCUUAAAUAAAUUUCAAAUUACCUGUGUCAAUCAGAAUAAUGCAAAACUAACAAAACAAAUAUUUAUUAAAUAACAAAAUAAUAUGAUGAAUAUGAAAUAAGUAAGUGAUCCAAUAUAAUCAAUGCUCUAGGUAGAGAAAUGUCAUUUUUACUAGCUAUUAAUUUAUUUAUUUAGAUGAACCUAUUAUGCAAUAAGUUUUCCGUAGCGUCCGUUUCAUAAAACGGUUUUAGUCUUAGUUAACAUUGUAAUGUAAGUUGUAUAAAUAUAACAUUAAAUUUGUGAUUAAAAACUUUUUUGUUGUUAUUCGAUUAUGCUUCUAAAAACCUAUAUCAUACCCAGCCAAUGAUACUCUUUAGUAUUUAAAUACUUACGUAUGAACAUUACUUCUGAGAGUCUAUUCUAUUUGUCUUCCAAUGAAAAUUCGGAAAAUUUCGGAUAGUUCUUAUGAUUUUAUUAAAAAUUAUAUCUGUAUAGUAACGUGUAUCAGAGGCAAUGUUAUUCCUACCUCCGUUGCAUCACUCAUAAAGUAUCGAAAAUUGUUUCUUUUUUAAAUUGUAUUUUCAUUUCAAAAAUAGAGGAAAUUCCUUCAUCGGAGAAAUGAAAUACACCUUAAUUCUUAGUAGUAGGAAUAACAUUA